AUGAGAGAACGCCCAACUUUUUCAAAUAACAGAGAGUUACUCUUCAACAUAGCAUCAACAGAUAUGAACAACAGCACAUUAACUGAGUCCAAUUUACUAAAGCUACCUAACUCAACUGCACUUGGCUCAAAUUCAACUACUGGGGUUUUGGUUCUAGACUCGAAAUCAUGGAUUUUACAAGAGCUUUCCACAGCAACAUUAAUUUUAAUCUUUUCAUUAACUUUAAUUGUAAUUGGGUCCUACUCCACUAUAUCGAAACCCAAAGAUGCUGGCGAUCCGAGAGAUGAUAUGCAUUCAAACAAGAAUUUCGAUCCAAGUGAUAUGGACGAUUCGAAAUUUUUCAUCACUAAUAAAUUUGAUUUACAACUGAUUGGAAUUCAAGAGUUGACAUGGACACACGUGUUAGUAUUCCCACUUGUUGCUGGUUUGAGCUUAUCAGGAAUGUAUUAUUGCAUAAAGAAGAAUAUUUCAAUCAGUUCCAUAAUCAAAUGGUAUUUUAUUUUGUUGACACCAGCAAAUACUUAUUUCACAUUGAAUACAUUGCUGACUAUGGUUGUCAGAAAAGUUACUCAUUUGUUCGGAAAGGAUUCAAGAGCUGUGUUUGAAAGGUAUAGGAUUGCGAUUGCUAAAGAUCAGGAGGUGUUUCCUCUUGGUAUUUUGCAAAAUAUUGACCUUGAUGAGUUUUUGGAUGAGAGUAAAAAUGGCAAUACCAAAAAGGAGAAAGAGGAGAAAGAAGAGGAUGAUGUGGAUGCAAAGGUUGUGAAAGUACUUAAACUCAAACAGUACAUAGAGGACCAAAAAAUCACCAUUUUUGGAGAAACUGACUUGGAUUCAAAUGCUUUUGAAUUUGAUGGUGUUUUUGAUUUGAAGCUUUUGCUAUUGUUGCCCGCUUCUCUUUUAAUUGGUUAUGGGUUUUACAAAAACUGCGCCAGUUGGAAAUGGAGUAACUUUGUUGCUUUCAACUUUGUCAUUUCAUCAUUUUCCCAAUUUCAACUAACAAAUUUCAAAUUGGCUUAUGGGUUAUUAUUGGGAUUGUUUUUCUAUGACAUUUAUUUUGUUUUUGGUACUGAGAUAAUGAUCACAGUUGCUACAAAGAUGGAUGUUCCUAUGAAGUUAUCAGUUCCCAAAUUGUAUGAAUCUGGUUUGAGUAUCUUGGGAUUAGGCGAUAUUGUUAUUCCUGGGUUAUUAUGCAGUUUAUGUUUACGAUUUGAUGUGGUGAAUUACUACAAGAAAAACACCAAUGAACCAUUCCAUCAUUUGACCAAGUAUCGCACUCCAUAUUUCACCAUCAGUUUAAUAUUCUACUCCAUUGGUAUUCUUGCAACGUUGGUGGCACUCAAUGUUUACAAAGUGGGACAACCAGCAUUGUUGUAUAUUGUACCUAGCUUGUUGAUAGGGGUUAGCGGAUACAGUUAUGCAAAGGGGGAAUUUGAUCAAUUAUGGAGCUUUUCCGAUAGUUUGAAGCCAUUUGACGAAGAAAGUGGGGCUGAUUCAGACGAUGAUGAAGAGUUUGUUCCAGAAGAUAUCGAUGACGAAUUGGAUGAAUUUAUUGCUAAAGUCGAAAGGAAAAGGGCACAAAAUGAAUUGAGCGAGACUGAUAUUGAUGACUUGUACAUUGAGGAUGAUGAUGAUACAUUUGUGAUCGAGGUUGGUGGAGGAGAAGAAGAUAGUGAGGAAGAUAGCGAUGAUGAUUUAGACACAGGGAACUCGGAUGAAGAUGCUGUGUGGGAAUUUAGAGAGGAUUUGUCUCUCUUGAUAAGAGACUUGAAUGAUGAACCUAGAGAAUGGUACACCAGUGAUGAGGAGGACUGA